UGCACUAAAGGUGGGACAGGUUCCCAGUCCCAGCCCGUUCCCACCCCCUUAGUUCCUGCCCCAGCAGCCCUGGGGAUUGGGGCUGGACCAACCAGUGGCUCCCUGGUGGGUCCCCCUGGGGGGCUUUUGGAGGAGACGCCGAGGCCGCUCUGCAGGGACGUCAUGCAGGAGAAUGACAAGACCUCAAUCUCGCUGGGAUUCCCCGACCCAGCCGCGAUCCCCCACAUGGAGCGAGGAGAAGAGCCGAGGGUCCCAGAUCUCCAGGGCUCCCUGGGAAGGGAGACCCUGAGAGGCGCCCACACAGCAGGUGCCGGGAUGAUGAGUGGGAACUUUGAGGAGAUCCCCCAGCGGGAAGAGCCUGCAGGAGCAGAGCUGCCCAGGAUGUCCCAGAACCCCGAGCGGGGAGACACCGAUGGGACAGAACAGCAAUGGAGAGCCUCCCCAACAGGGAAACUGAGUCAAUCCAGAGCUGGUGUCGAAGCUGAAUAUGACAUGGUGUCUCGGGGAACCCAGGCAGGGGAGAGAGCGAAUACGUGCCCCAAGUGUGGGAAAAGCUUCCCUUGGAGCUCCCGGCUCCUCCGACACCAGAGAUCCCACACCGGGGAGCGCCCCUACCAGUGCCCUGACUGUGGGAAGGGCUUCGGCGAGAGCUCAGCCCUGAUCCAGCACCAGCGCACCCACACCGGGGAGCGCCCUUACAGCUGCAGUGUGUGCGGGAAGAGUUUCAGCCUGAGCUCCCACCUGAUCCGCCACCAGCGCACCCACACGGGGGAGCGCCCCUACCAAUGCCCCGACUGCGGGAAGGGCUUCCUGCGGCGCUCCCAGCUCACCCUGCACUGCCGGACCCACACGGGAGAGAGACCCUAUAAAUGCCCUGACUGCGGGAAAGGCUUCAGUGAGAUCCCCAACCUGCACCGGCACCAGCGCAGCCACACGGGGGAGCGGCCCUAUAAAUGCUCCGACUGCGGGAAGGGCUUUGUUCAGAGCUGCCACCUCCUGCAGCACCAGCGCACCCACACAGGGGAGCGGCCCUACAGGUGCCCCUGUGGGAAGGGUUUUGUCCGGAGCUCCCAGCUGAUCCGGCACCGGACAGUUCAUACAGGGGAGAAACCGUACAAAUGUCCCAUCUGCGAGAAAUGCUUCACUCAAGGAUCCACCCUGGCCAGCCACCUGCGGAUCCACACCAGGGAGAGACCCUUCAAAUGCCCCCAGUGCGGGAAGAACUUUGUUCGGAGCUCCCAUCUUAUUACACACCGGAGAACCCAUACAGAGCCAGACUUGCUGCUGGCUGCUUCCAGGGAGCAGCACGGUUCGCAGUGCCAGGACAGCCCCGCCGGGCGGGGGGCGGCGCAGCAGCCGAGGCAGGAGAUCGCUGCCCGGAGGCAGCGGCCGCAGGGCCGGGGGCGAGAUCGGAGCCGAACUGGGAUCGGAGAGACCCCGCCCCCCAGCUCCGGGGCAGCCCGGGGGUCUGUGCAGCUGAGCCAGGCGGGGACCCCCCACCCAGCCCGCUGCGCCUUCGGGGCAGCCCCGGCCCCUCCUCUCCCCCGCGGUUCGCUCCUGCCCCUCGGGGUCUCCCUCCCUUGGCCAGGCGCAGGGAAGGGGCCUGGCUGCAUUUCGCCCCCCAGCAGCCCCCAGGGCGCAGGCGGGGAGCCCCCGGGGGGCAGGGCCUGCAGAGCGGAGCUGCCUGGGGGGGGACACGCGCAGGGAGCCCCCAUGGGCGACGCGCUGACCAUCUGCCCGGACUGCGGGAAGAGCUUCCGCCAGUACUCGUACCUGGUCACCCACCGGCGCGUCCACACCGGAGAGCGGCCCUACAGCUGCGCCCAGUGCGGCCGGGGCUUCUCCCAGCACUCCAGCCUCAUCCGGCACCGCCGCACCCACACGGGCGAGAGACCCUACCGGUGCCCCGACUGCGGCAAGGCCUUCGCCCUCAGCGCCUCCCUCCUGACCCACCAGCGCACCCACACCGGGGAGCGCCCCUACAGCUGCGCCCAGUGCGGAAGGGGGUUCAGCCAGCGCUCGGCUCUGGUCACCCACCAGCGCACCCACACCGGGGAGAGACCCUAUGAAUGCCCUGACUGUGGGAAGAGCUUUGCCAUCCGCUCCCACUGCACCGCUCACCAGAGGACCCACGGGGAUCCGGGCGAGGAGCCCCCCUACCGGUGCCGCCAGUGUGGGGAGGGCUUCCGGCUCCGUGCCCACUUCCUGCAUCACCGGCGCAGCCAUGCAGGGGGCAAACCCCAUCACUGCCCCGACUGCGGGAAAGGAUUCUCCCGCAGCUUCCUGCUCAAGACGCACCAGCGGAUCCAUACCGGAGAGCGGCCCUACCCCUGCCCCGACUGUGGGCGCCGCUUCCGGCAGACCUCCCACCUCACCCACCACCGGGCCACUCACACCGGAGAGCGGCCCUACCGCUGCAGCCACUGCGGGGACGCCUUCCCCAGCAGCUCGGAGCUCUACCUGCACUACCGAAGCCACACCGGGGAGCGGCCCUACCAGUGCCAUGACUGUGGGCGCAGCUACACCACCAACGGCAGCCUGCGGCGGCACCGUGCCAGCCACGCCAUGGGCUAGGGGGUGCAGCCAGCUCGGCCCAUAGGCACCCUCCUGGGCAAGGUGCUGCAUCUUCCUGGCUCUAGGCAUGGCCUUUCUGGCUGUUUGCUGGGUGGCUUGUACUGGGGAAGAGAGCUAGGGAUGGGUUAUAGGGAGCUAGAGGUGGAUCAUACCAGUAGAGAGAAGGAACGCAGGGUGGGAUCGAUGGGUCAUACAGGUGUAGAGCUGGGUCAUACCUGUUAGAAUGUGAAAAGCAGCUCCACUCCACUUACCCCUGGUCCUGAUGUUGAAGUUUUCAAAAUGAUCUGAAGUGUGUGUGUAUUUUUCCAAGCACCUUGCAAUAGUGUGUGAAUGUAUCUAUUUGUUCUUAGUUGCAGAACUAUGUUCUAUGGCUCAAUAUAACAAUCGGCCAACCCACAAAUUGUGCAGGUAGGGGGUGUGAUGUUGCUAGGCACUGGCGGCUGCCAUCUGGUGACAAUCACAGACCUCCUUAGUGCCACUGGCUCCCACAUGGAGUAGAGGGAGCCACCGAGACAGGAAGUGACUGCCAGGAGACAUGGUGGGUCAGAGCUGAGCUGGUUGCAAACCCGAGCGUUAGGAGAUCAGCGUGGGUUGGAGUCAGCAAGCCAAGAGAAGGAGAUGGGAGCAUGACUCUGAGAGGAAGCAGAGAGACAGAGCUUCUUGGUCACAGAGCCCACUCGGGGGGCAAAGGUGGGGACUGUGCUGCAGGGAACCUGCCUGCUCAUUGUUUUCUGCGAUGUAUCGGGAAACAGGGUACUGUGGGCAUGUUUUGUAAAUAAACACCAUCACACCUGGAAUAGA